AUGUCGACAUGGCCGGGGCUGAUGAUGGAGCUGUCAUGGAGCUGGACAACAUGAAGAAGAGGCUGAAAGAGAUGGAGGACGAAGCCGCCGCUCUUCGUGAAAUGCAGGCCAAGGUCGAGAAAGAAAUGGGUGCCGCACAAGAUCCUGCUGCAGCAGCUGCAAGUCAGGCAAAUAGGGAGGAAGUAGAUUCUCGUUCAGUGUUUGUUGGGAAUGUGGAUUAUUCAUGUACCGCUGAGGAAGUGCAGCAGCAUUUUCAGUCUUGUGGAACAGUUAACAGAGUCACUAUUCGGACCAACAAGUAUGGCCAACCAAAGGGGUAUGCCUAUGUGGAAUUCCUUGAAACAGAAGCUGUUCAGGAGGCUCUGCUUCUGAAUGAAUCUCAACUUCAUGGCCGCCAAUUGAAGGUAUCAGCCAAGCGUACUAAUGUCCCUGGGAUGAAGCAGUUCCGUCCACGGCGUCCCAACAACCCUUAUAUGGGUUUCCGAUCGAGGAGUGCAUAUGUGCCACCUUAUUUCUACAAAGGGACCUUAGACAUCAAAAAAUAAUUUUGUGGAUGUCUUCCAUUACGAAAAGUGGGAGAGGGACCCUAGACCGAUUUUCCCU